AUGAGCACUGAAAGCAUGAUCCGGGACGUGGAGCUGGCUGAGGAGGCGCUCCCCAAGAAGGCAGGGGGCCCCCAGGGCUCCAGGCGGUGCCUGUGCCUCAGCCUCUUCUCCUUCCUCCUCGUGGCAGGAGCCACCGCGCUCUUCUGCCUGCUGCACUUCGGGGUGAUCGGCCCCCAGAGGGAAGAGGUGAAAAGAGAACUCCAGAUUCACCUCCCCCUGGCCCGGACCCUCGGAUUAUCUUCUCGAACCCCAAGCGACAAGCCCGUCGCCCAUGUUGUCGCAAACCAGCACGCCGUGGGGCAGCUGCAGUGGCAGAACAAGAUCGCCAACGCUCUCCUGACCAACGGCAUGAGGCUGAUAGACAACCAGCUGGUGGUGCCCACGGACGGACUGUACCUGGUCUACUCCCAGGUCCUCUUCAAGGGCCAGGGCUGCCCUCAGAGCCACCUGCUCCUCACGCACACCAUCAGCCGCUUCGCCGCUUCCUACCAGGACAAGGUCAGCCUCCUCUCGGCCAUCAAGAGCCCCUGCCAGAGGGAGACCCCAGAGGGGACUGAGGCCAAGCCCUGGUACGAGCCCGUCUACCUGGGAGGGGUCUUCCAGCUGGAGAAGGACGAUCGGCUCAGCGCUGAGAUCAACCUGCCUGACUAUCUCGAUUUUGCCGAGUCCGGGCAGGUCUACUUUGGGAUCGUUGCCCUGUGA